CCACCUUCAUGAUUUUUUUGUGCGCGGCGUUCCACAAAUGCACACCACAGGCUAAUUUUCCACCCUCGGAUAUGGCUAUGCGAGUUGAGCGAAUAGCGGGAAAGAUACAAGAAUAAGAUGGCGAAAAUGAAAGUCAAUAUUUCGGUGAUUGGCUGAUAAAAAAGCUGUUUUUUGAUUGGUGGCAUACCCUGCUGUGCUGCUGUUUUUUUUCUCAUAGGUAUGGUUCUUGUCCUUCCGCCUUGUAGAAGAUUAGUGCUUUUACUAAUCAUUUUGUUGUGACACAAGCUCAAGCUAGUUGCACGCAUGGCGGAGGCGGAGAUGCAAAUUCUAGGUCUUGAAAAAAAUCCGUUUUUCAUUUCUUUGCUGCAAAAGCAAUUAAAUACUACAAAUUCUAUAUUGAAAAUCUAAAGAAACUUUUUGUUUUUCAUCUUCCAACCCAUUAUGUCAAAAAAGCUACCAUGAACCAAGAUGCCCACUUCUGAUUCGGUAGUGAGUCCCAACGACCCCGAAGUGAUGACCACCACUUUCAACACCGCGGCCGCGGAUUCGGCGGAAACAGAAAAGCCAAUGCAGAACAACGCCAGCAGCCUACCUCCACCAGGUUCUCCGCCAAUGAUCACGACUGCAAACAUCGGUGCCACCCUCGGGCUCGCGGAGGAGAUGCUCACCCUCGGCGAGUCCGACCCCUAUUUUUCCCGCCGGCUCCGGUACCGCAUCGCCAAUGGGGCGGUGGAACGGCCCUGGAAGCAGUGUUGCGGGUUUUUCGGCUGCGUAUGCUUUUUCGUUUUCGUCUUGGUCGCGCACGUUUCCAUCACGGGAAUCAGUCUGAUCACGGAGGACGCGGGCAUUGUGGCCUGGUACCCGAUCGACAGUCAAAUCGCCCGGGAGACGGACUGUUUGAAAGAGGCACAAAUCCUUGUCCGGGAAUCGGACAACAACAAUCUCGGCUUGACCGACCAAACCGCGGCCUACACACAAGUCAGCUACCGGAAUUCGAUCACGUUUUUGUUCUUCAAGCAGUCGGAUUCCGAGAUUUUCACUCCGCAGUUUGUGCAGUUCGUCUGUCAAAUGGAAUCCUACGUCACGAAAGACGAAGACUACGCGAAGACCUGUUGGCGGGGGAACGCCGCAACGAGACUGCUGAAACAGUCCACGAACGGAACCUCGCACGUCCCCGGGUUUUUACCCUUUACAGACUGCGUGUUAAAUGCCGCGAGCUUGGCGAACUUCUUCUACGGAAACUUGAAUGACUACAGCUGUCCGCUGCUCGAUGCCGUAACCUUUUCCUCGAAGAAACAGGAGCUCUACACGAAAGCGACGAACAGCUCUUUGACCACCGGGCAGGAGCAGGCGUUGUACCAGUAUUUUGUGGACAAAGAGUUUCUGAACAGUCAGACCAGCACGAAUCCACGCCCCUUUUCCACCAAAACCCGGUCGCUGAUCCAUUUGGGUGCUCCGGCACCGGGGUACACGGCGGAGGAAGACAAUAUCCUGUGCAAAAGUAUCGUACUCGUAGUAAUUGGAGUCAAGCAUUACAAAUCUUUUUCCUAAGGUAAAUCCGCAUUACAAAUUUUAUUUCUCAUGCUGAGCAAAUUUGUAAUGCAAUUUAUACUAGUGCGUUGCUUUUGCAGUUCAUAGACAAAUUCAUCGAACAAUUCGUCGACACGUUCCGGGACCUCUGGAUGCGGGUCGACGAGUAUUACAAUGAAAAAUGCCCCCACCCCCGAACUUGGGAGCAUUUGUAUUGCAAACCUUUCCAAAUGAAACGCUUGCCCGCUUGCAUCUAUCAGCAUCACAGGUUUCCAAUCGUGAAUAGCAAAAAUUUGCAUUGCAAAAGACCCCAGCAAGGGUGGCGCCUGUCAUGUAAGCGAUGCAAUACACGCCUAGCCUCUGCAUCAGAAAGAUUCAUACUCUUUUCAUGCAUGGCAAAAAGUUUUCAUUUGGAAACUUCGCAUCACAAAUUUUUUCAACUUUGGGGGUGGGGGCAUAUUUCACUGUAAUAACGAGCGGAUCGCGAGCCGGUUUGGCCUCAAGGUCGCGGCUCCGUUUGAGGGGUCGCAUUUGUCCGAUUCCGAAGCUUUCAAAGACGACGCGCUCGGGAUCAAGAUGGCGUACCACGGGCUGGUAUCCUGUGCAAAAGUAUCGCACUCUUAUUGCAAUCAUGCAUUACAAAUCCUUUUGUUAAGGUAAAUUCAUCGCAUUACAGAUUUUAUUUGUCAUGCUGAGGAAAUUUGUAAUGCAUUUAUGCGAGUGCGAUACAUACUUUUGCAGUUCAUAGCUGGCGAUACGCCAAGUCGAGUUCCAGCGGGCGGUGGUCGAGGAUCAGAACUUCAUCAUGGGUGCGAUUUUUGCCGUUUGGCUUUUAAUUCUGUUCUAUCAAAUGCAAAAAUGUCUGGGUCAUCUGGGAGAGUGCGAGAUUUGCAUUUGUCAUGCUUGUCUGGCAUGACCAAAAAGUUUGUGAUGCGUGUCCAAGAAGAGACCCUGUUGCCUGUCAUGCAAAAACGCAGUUUGUCAUGCCAAAAACGCAACACAAAGAAGCGCAGACAUUUCUCAUGCUUGCCUGUGCAUUACAGAGCAUUCACUAUUCCCAACGCAGCAUUACAAGUUUCCAGACCCAGACACUUUUGCAAUGCAUAUGCUCCACACCAGAUCCGCGUUUCUCGCCUCCGUCGCGGUCGCGCAAAUCUCCCUCACCCUGCCCUUCGCGCUGUUCUGGUACCGCGUCGUUGGCCAGGCCUUCUACUUCACCCAGCUCCACAUCACCGGCCUCUUUCUCGCCUGCGGAAUCGGCGCGGACGAUGUGUUCGUCUUGUCCGAUUGCUACGAAGCGGCGAAGGUGCAAAUCCAACAGGCGAAGUUCGACGUGAGUGAGCCGUUGACGAAGCGGGAAUACAAACUCGCGCUGUUGAAGGCGUUGAACAGAGCUUACGUUGCCGUGUUCAACACGUCCUUCACCACAACGGCGGCAUUCAUCGCGACCGCGGUUUCGGUAUGACAGUGCACAACUCCCCCUCCCCCUCAUUUGUAUGGCAUGAGCAGCAAUACAGACACCAGCACACAUGGAGCCUAUGCAUGACAAAUUUAUGCGCCUUUUGUAAUACUGUCUGGGCUUCCAGAAGUUGUCAUGCAACCAGUGCUACAAGGCAGCAACUGGAUUUGGGAUUUUGCAUGACAAACGAGGGGGAGGGGGAGUUGUGCACUCUCAUAUUCGCCCAUUAUGCCGAUUAGUGGGUUCGGGAUCUACGCGUCUCUGUUGAUCAUUAGCAACUACAUUUUCGCCAUGGUGAAUCUCCCCGCGGUGCUUUACCUCGCCGACACGGCUUUCGUCGACUCGAAAUUUUGCAAGUGCUGCGCGAGAAACGGAUGUUUUUGUUUCAAACUCGCUUGCUGCAAGGUGGCGCAGGUUGUUCAUCAUGAUGGGGGAAAAAGUAGCGGGACUACAGGAAAAGCAGGACAAGCUGGCGCACCUGCUUUGCCUAUCGUCGGCGACGCGACGCAAGUGGUGGAUUUGAAGCACAGCAAAGACGCGGCCCUCAACGACUCCCGCGACACCACGCCUGCGUACGGCGCGCCGCCAGUGGUCGUCGACGUCGGCGCAACUACAACAGCUGCGACGUCAAGUGUUGACGUUGAGCCAGGGAGAAUUUUGGAGGGAGAACAUCAACUUGCGAAUGUACUACAACUAUCCGAUGAGCAGGAAACGCAAAACUCCUAUGACGGCACAGAGAUUGAGUCUUACUGGGAGUGGUACUGGGUGAUGUUGGUUCUGCUCGAGGUCCGGAUUGACACGGAGUCGAAAUCAGUCUCCUUCCGGCGAAAUGGGAUCAAGCAGAUGUUGCGGGAGUCAGUCGACACAACGUCCAGUAAAAACGUAUCGAGACAGGCGUCGCGGUCAAACACGAAAGAUUUGGCGGGGAUAGAAGCAGGAGCACAAGGCGAUAAUAGUUGCCCUACUGCCGCAGGUGAUCAUGGUGCCGCGACGACAAAAUCUACAGAAAUUCGUGUCUCCUCUACAAGGAAAAUCGACGCCACGUCGUCGACCCCAACCACCACUCCCACAACGGGUGUUGGCGCCGCGAGCCCAAACAUGUCUCUGCUAUCCUCUUCCACCUGCCGAAUUUUCCCCAUCCCGCUCCUGAUCGCUUUCGGCCUCUCGUGCUGGGCGAUUUACGGCAUCACCGAGGCGCUGCAACUGGAGCCGCCGGUCGAAGAGGAGAAAUGGUUUCCGGACGGACACAUGUACAACGACUUUUCAACUCGGGAGUCGCAGUUGUUUCUCUCCAAACCCACAACAGAAUAUGUCCCGGUGUCGAUCACCUACGGUUUCGACGAAAAUUCCGAGUACAUCGACCGGGAGGACUACAACAAGUGGAUCCCCUUCAAAAACCGGGGGACACCACAGUACCGGGCCCAGUUCGACUACUACGAAGGAUUUCCGGAGCUGGUCCAAGCGUGCACAGACAUGCAGCAGAAAACCUGCGCCCACCACGGGUGCGAACCGCCUACGACUGCUCUGAUCAACGGACAGAAGCCGUUGACGAUUUUGGACACGCAUCUGUGUCCGAUGAACGAAUUUUUGGCGUAUUUACAAGCCAGUGGGAACUACACCAUCACAACUCCUGGAACAACUACAGGGAACGCAACGCAAAUUUCGACAUCUAACUACAAGCAGAUUUUCGCAUCAAAAACCGACUUCGCAACAGCUCUGAAGGAAUUUCGGUUAACCCAGAAACCGGGAACGCAUUCCCCUUCAACAAACUCUGACAACAUCCCCGAGCACUGGAAAAAGCACAUCGGGGUGAUCAACGAUCAAAUCAAGUACAUUUCCAUGUCGCACCGGUCGACUUUGAAAAUGCUGCAGGCGCACAAGACCAGAGGCGACUUGUACGACAAAUACGAGGCCAUUGCGGACACGCUGCCCACCAUCUCCCAGAUGGGCCCGCCGAUCCAGAUAUGCAUUGCAAAAGUAUCGUACUCGUAUAAAUGCAUUACAAAUUUUUAUUCCCUCAGCAACAUGAGAGAUCAAAUUUGUAAUGCGGAUUUACCUUAGGAAAAAGAUUUGUAAUGCAUGAUUGCAGUACGAGUACGAUGCUUUUGCAGUUCAUACAAGACCACCCCUUUGUCCUGGCCCUGGUACGCGGUGGAAGUGGCCUUGUUGGAGACGUUAUGAAAGUGCACAAUUCCCCCUCCCCCUCACGUGUAUUGCAUGAACAGCAGCACAAGCAUCAGCAAGAUUACCGGUUUUGCAUGACAAAUUUCGGCCGCAAGAUUGUUGUGCUAUUUGGGCUGCUAGAACUUGUCAUGCAAACAGUGCCAAGAGCCAGGGCGUAAAUGAGGCGUUUGGCAUGACAAAUGAGGGGGAGGGGGAGUUGUGUACUUUCAUAGACCUUGAUGCGGGGUUUGUCGCUCUGUUUCCCGAUUUCCUACUGCGUGUUGCUACUCGCGACGCAGAACUGGAUCAUUUCCUCGCUUGCCAUGUUGACGAUUGUGCAGAUUGUCGGCGUGGUGAUGGGGAUAUCCUGUGCAAAAGUAUUGUACUCGUAGUAAUUGCUAUCAUGCAUGACAAAUAUCCCUUUUUAGGUAAAUAAGCAUUACAAAUUCCAUUUUUCUUCUUGACAAAAUUUGUGAUGCAAUUUACACUAGUACGAGACUUUUGCAAUGCAUACGGGACGUUCAAAUACGCUUUGGGGUGGUCGUUGGGGGCCGUGGAAGUGAUCAGCGGGAUCAUUGUGAUUGGUUUCUCCAUCGACUACACCCUGCACAUGGGGCACAUCUGGGGCGAAGCCACCGAGGAAGGGCUGAUUGGCAGGCUAGCGAAGUCAAGGUAGUACUUUUAGAGCUGUCGUGGUUCAAUGAAGAUGCAGAUCUUUUUUCAUGUACAUCUACUACUUCCUCGUCCUUGUGGUGAUGUUCGUUGCGGCGCUGAAGUUCGUGAUUAAUGCUUACAGCUACAGUGUCAACACUGAAAUAAAAUUUCACAAACAAAAAUCCAGGUAUUCCCUGCGCCACAUGGGCGGCACCAUUCUCGCCGGUGCCUCCACCACCGCGGCUGCAGGACUUCUGAUGUUCGCCUGCACGCUGACCUUCUUUACCAAGAUGGCCACCAUGAUCUCCUUAACGGUGUUCCUUUCGUUAGUGUUCACCGUCGGUUGGUUCAUGUCGAUGUUGCUCAUGUUCGGCCCACCGAAAAGCGAGGGGGAUUUUAGCAUGCACGUGGAUACGGUGAAGGCAAAAUGCGCCGAAAGUUGGGUGUGCAAGCCGUGCUGUGGGAGGACGCAGACGGAGGAACGACAGGGUUGAAGAAGAGUAAGAGAAGCGUAGUUGAUUUUUUUCGUUGUUGCAGGUGUGGGGGAACUGGUGGUGAAGCAUGAAUGGGAAGAGCAUUUUGAUAUAUUUUUAUUCAUACGUACUCGCUUUCGCACAUAGACGAACGUGACUCUAGUUUAGACGAGCGCCCGGCGGGAAUGUCAAGGGUCGCUUUAAUAUGGCAUAUCGAUCUGUAUAGUGGUCCUGGUCGACGCCACGAAUGGAACUUAUUCUUGUAAAGCUGCAGCACAUGCCCAUGCAGAAUGGAAACAGUUGCUCACUACGUAGACGUUUCGACAAACACAUAAAAUCAGUUUCUCAGUCACAUAGUACUUAUUGUUAUUUAUCUUUUUACUACACUUGAUUUGGACGCAUUUGCUUCUUACCUGUUUCCUUCUUGUUCUCCCUUUUAUUUGGAUCGGACGCAAUCUUCACAGAGUCCGAGCCUCAAUCGAAGUUUCGAUGUGCCUUGAUACGUGGUGUACAUCAAGCUCAAGUCAAGUAAGUGUGACGUCGCAGCUUACUUUUGUAAGGUCGCUCCGGCUAUCCAUCUGGACCUUACUCAACUAUAAUAAAUACGGAUAUGCGUGAAAAACAAACAUAUCUAUGACGCGGACCCGUUUCUUCAUGUCAUUCGUGCAAAAUAAAUAGAUUGAAGCUACUAGUAAGCCUGGACGAGAAAUCACAAGUCAGGCCGAUGGUUGAUCUGCCAGGUCUCAGUGACGAUGAAAGUGAAAAGAGGUCCAAUACAUAGGCUCACGCUGUGUUCCGGAACUGGCACCAGACAGUGACAGGGGUCAUGAGUAUAUUGCAUUUUCUCAGAAGGAGAAGAGGUGAGAGGUUGACGUCG